CCUUCCUUUUCCAGCUACUCCACCCCCUUUUGUAACUGUCUGUUCUCGCGAGGCAAGUAACUCCCUAAUGCCCUCGUCCUGUUCAAAUGGUAUUCGUUCACCUGAGCACAACCCAUCUGCCAAGCGUGGUAGUAAACGCACAGGUUCGGCAAAUCGCGUGAACAAGUUUCCUAACCCGUCGCCAAACAAAAAAAACCAAAGCAACACGAAUAAUGGCAAUGGGCAUGCCCCCAGUAAAGAUACCGUUAGAACAAACCAAUCUCGUUUAGAUGAGCCUAGUACGCCCAAGAGUCCAGCUGUGACCACCGCCCAUGCACCCGCACCGUCGACACUGGAUGAAUCACCUGUUAUGAUCUCUGUCGCCAAGGUUGCUGGACAGCCGCCCGAAGAAGCUUCUCACACAGAUGAUGCAUCCGUACCUUCACAACCAGAUCACAUUGUAGACACUCCCAUGGUCCAAUCAGAACAGCAGCAAGCGAAUUCUCAAAAUCAGAUUAUUCUGAACCACCCUCCAGAGGUGCAGAGUUCUGUACUCCCUCAACAACCAUUUGUACCUUUACCUUACAAUUGUGCUCUACCCUGUACCAUUCCUGACUGUCAGGGAUGUUACACACAGAUUUGUCCUACCGGCACAGUGCCAAUUUCAACGGCGUCUGUGUCAUUUUAUCCUCAACGCCCGCUCGUCACUGCAGUUUCGUCGGUGGCCACAAGCGGCGCUCUCACUAGUAGUGUGACCAGUGGCUCUCCUGGAGGACCAUGUUAUAUUCUUGUCGGACAGGAACUGGAAGCUCAGAGGCAACAGCAGCUUUAUGCGACACAGAUGGCCCUGUCACAAAUGAACUUGAACGUAUCAUUGGCAUCCGACUGUGCUGUCGGAGUUCCAUUGGUCCAGACCAACGGUUACGUUCGUGACGGCCCUGUUCCAGGAACGUUUAUUCAAGGUGUUUCCCAACCAAGUAGUUUACAGAUGGUGCCACAGUCCCAGCUGAAAGGUUCACCGCUCGUGAACAACGGUUCCAUGUACGCUCUACCUCACGGUGUCAUACCGUCCGUCGCAGAUCCAGCCACCUUGGUGAUGCAGACCUGCUCCGCAACUGGAUCGACUGGCUGUGCGACACCCAUCCAAAGUAUCUAUAACAGCACACCAUCAAACGCCAGUACAACAAGUGGAUUGGCCGAACACAUACCAAGCCAAACCACCGUUCCACUCGAUACGGGCAACCCGAUGUCAACAUGGCCCGCCACCUAUUUGGACCCGAGCGGCAUGUGGUUUCCAUCCACCUACACACAACCGUUCUACCCAUCACUACCGACCAAUCCAUUGUUGAAUUACACCAAUACCGGAAGUCUCUUACCAGCCGUAGCCACCGAUCGAUGCUAUCAAAGUCCCACACUGUCCAACACACCUUGUGAAAAGGUUCCCGGUUCCUUGCCGGUCUCUGCCUACCAGUCCGCUCUUUCAGCUCCGCUCUACUCGAACGGAGUUCGACUACCACUCAAGUCAUUCUAUGGCCUGGGACAGUCCCCGAAUGUGAUGUGUACCAGCAAUCAGACAGUUUCCAACGCGGCCAGCCAACCUUUCGGUAGUGGUAACAAUUGGAUCAACCCGACCUACUAUCAACAAUUGUUGCUCCAGUCGUUGGCCAAUUCGAGAACGACCGCUCAGACCGGUGUUGGGACUCAGUAUCAUCCCUUGUUCAACUACGGUUUGCAAUCGUCGGACCGCUUGGGUACGCUAAGCGGCGGUAGAAAACGAGGUUCUGCGACUACAGGAGUUCGUACAAUACCUUGCAAAGUGUUUGAUGAGUCCGAACUGGCUGCACUGGAAUUACGUGUGAAUCCCCCAGAAUUGGACCGAUCCCUUCUUGUCCGCACGCGAUAUUUUGUGAUCAAGUCGGAUUGUGUAUAUAACGUGCACCAGUCCAUUCGACACGGCGUCUGGUGUUCAACACGUGCCGGCAACCAAUGUCUGGAUGACGCCUUCCAUUCUGUCCAAGUGCCAAAAUCCACCAACACGCCUUCAGAUACAUACUGUGAUCGAGAUUUGGUGAUGCCCGCUUCUGCCCCUCGGAUCCUCACCGGUCCACUGAGUCAUAUGCCAGGUCAUAUUAUCCUCUUCUUUUCCGUCCGAUCUUCGGGUUACCUGAGUGGGGUAGCCGAGAUGAUUGGUCCAGUUAACCCUCAGAAGCGCUGUUCCAUUUGGCAAGAUGCUCGGUUCCGCGGCGAGAUCCCCGUUAGGUGGCUGUAUGUCAAGAAUGUCCCAAACAAUUUGAUGAAACACAUCAUCGUUGACAGUCGUCCUGUGACAUCGCUGCGUGAUACCAGUGAAAUUUCACCGAGUACCAAAGGCGAGGAGCUCUUGAACAUUGUUCACAACUACUGCCCUCAGCGGAUGCCUGCUGUGUCUCAACCCUAUUGCGGUUGACUUUGCGGUUGUGCUGGAAGCCGGGGCUGAUCCUACACAUGACUGACUCCGUUCAAAAAGAAGUGUCUUCCAGUCGUGGGCGAUACUUUCCUGCUCAACGUCAUUUUCUAGAUAGAUCCUCCAGAGACCAAUCCUAUCGUCAUCCACAUUCUGUUCAUCGAUGUUCAAAAGACUCUAAACUAUCAGGAUGCAAGGUGCUAAUAAAAGAUUGGACGAGUGUCUCACCAAGACUGAUCACAUGGUACCAGAACAAAUUUAUCUAUGCGGAUGAUUGCCUCACAUCGGAUGACGGACCGAAUACUAGAAUCCCCGAAGUUCGUUCCACCUACCUUCAGAUUAGGUACAUCCGUGGUCGACAUGACGUUAGCCUGUUGGCAAACGACAAGGUUGAGAGUGCGAUAGUACGCUCAAUGGUACUAUUUGCUUGUCAAGCCUAA